UCAUCGUCUUUCUUAAAAAACUCUCGCAAGUUGAUCAGAGCUAAAGCCCUUCGGCAGCAAGUCGGCGACCUCUGAGUGAGUGAAGUGAAACACCAGAAGGGAAAGAAGAAGAAGGAUAAAGAGAUUCUUCCUAUGAAGAAAGUGUUAGAAGUUGGAACCUCCUAACAAUACGGUCUGGAAAGUAAGGCCGUGAACGAUGAGGUCAUCCGCCUCUUCUUUCCAAUGCCUAGCCGCAGCAGCCGCUGACGCAAGCAUGUCUUCUUCCCGCGCUUCUUCCGGCGGUCGGUAUCCAUGGCGACGAGGGUUCUCGGAUCGGCCCAGUGGCGGACGAGACACUUUUGUGUCCGGAGAUUCACAUUUCAGGACGGUAAGGGAGACAAAUUACGGUUUCCGGCAGGGACAAAGAGGGAGUUUCCGGGACCCCGGUGGGUUUCAGCCGCAAAAUUUCCGUCCUCGGCCACCUUUUCGCCAACCACUUCCAUACGGUCAUCAUCCGCCUGUCCGUCAACAGCGACCGAAACCCUUGGAUUACAGGAACUGGGAGUACGCUUUGUCACAGCCUCCUGGUCAAUGUGAGCGGUUUAUAGUCCUCUCAUACAAUAUACUUGCGGAUUACCUGGCUACGAACCACCGGCGAGAACUUUACUUUCACAUACCCAGGUAUAUGCUAGACUGGGAAUGGCGAAAGAAAAGAAUGGUUUUUGAGCUUAGGCUAUGGUCACCUGACAUCAUGUGUCUUCAGGAGGUUGAUAGAUUUCAUGACUUAGAGGAGGAGCUAAAGCUCCAAGGAUAUGAAGGCAUUUGGAAGAUGCGAACUGGCACUGCAGUUGAUGGAUGUGCAAUUUUUUGGCGAACAUCAAGAUUCAAGUUACUGUAUGAGGAGUUCAUUGAGUUCAAUAAGCUUGGACUUCGUGAUAAUGUUGCACAGAUUUGUGUUCUAGAGUCAAGGAGUCAAAAUGCUGCUGAAAAUGAGUCUGAAGCUUCGUGCUCAAGCUCAAAACUUGUUAAUCAAGUUGUUAUAUGUAACACUCAUGUGCUGUACAACCCUAAAAGAGGAGAGGUUAAGCUUGGGCAGGUUAGAGUGCUUUUGGAUAGAGCUCAUGCUGUUUCUAGGAGUUGGAAUAAUGCUCCAGUUGUGCUUUGUGGGGAUUUCAACUGUACUCCAAAAAGUCCAUUAUAUAACUACAUAUUGGAACAAAAGUUAGAUUUAUCUGGACUUGCUAGAGAUCAGAUAUCUGGGCAAUCUUCUGCUGAAAUUCAUGCCCCAAAGCCACCAGACCGGAACCUUGUGAAUGGCUUGUACAGGGGAAAGUCAAGUAGUGAUUCAAUUGGAGCUUCAGAGAUGGUUGAUGAAAUGGGAUUUGGCAUCAAGCAAAGUGAUAAUCUAACAGACGUGCAUGAUCAGAACAAAUCAAGUAAUGAUGUGGAACAUCUGCUUUCAAGAGGGAACUUUUCCCAGCCUCAGCAUGUUAUUGGUGUCUUAGACAUGUCUAAUAAACCUUGCUCUAAUGAACAGUAUGAGGAUGCCAAUAAUCCAAUUUCUGAUGUAACAACAAAAAUUACAGAGCUUGACAUUGUAGAUGGCCGUAAGGAAGAAAUUGGCUCAACUGCCUCCCUUGCUAGUGAUUGUUCGAAGGAAAACCCGAGUAAUUAUCAAAUGGAAGGUAAGCUCUCUGUUGAUCAAAAGGAAGUUGGUGAAGAUUUUUCUUAUGUCCACCAAUCUGUGGGUGGACUUUCUCAGUCAAAUUCAUACCUGAGUAAUAUGACAGUUCCUAUGGUGCAUGAUGAGUCUAAUCUUAGCAAUACUAACAGAGAAGAUUUAGAGAGUGAAUCAUCUUUUGAAGGUGAUGUUCGACUCACUGAAGUUAGGACUGAUGCAAGGCCUGAAAGUUCUUUCAUUUCAGAUUCUUGUUUAAUGGAACUGGUCUCAGAAGCUUCCUCUCUAAAUCUUACUGAAAACUCUGUUAUGAAAAACCUAGGAGGAUUCUCAUCUGAAAUAAUUGAUACAGAUAAGGAAACCAAGAUGCAAACUCCCUACCAAAGUGCUCAUCUGGGGAAUAUGUCAGAAACUUCUUUUGGCAUUGAGUUUAAUGGCAUAUCUGUAGAUCCAAAAGUGGUAGACAUGGUUAAAGAUGCAUGUGUAUGUGAAACUGAAAGCAGUGCACAUUCAUCCAAGGUAGACAAUGAGAAAGAUAGCUUUACAUUUGAUUUUAUAUGUGGGGACAAGCUCAAAGGACCUGAUCUUGCAGAAGCAGAUCAAUCUUUAGAAGAAUGUGUUAUCAUCACAAAAGAAUCAAAAUCUUAUCUAUUGAGUGGUGAAGUUCAAGAUGGUUUCCUUCCACACAAGGAGUCUGUACUAGCAGAAAUGGAGAAAUAUACUUAUGAUCCGUACCUAUGGACUCCAAAGGAAAUAGAAACAGCAACAGGAAAUGCAGAGUGCACCCUUCUUGAGCAUCCUCUUAAGUUAAGGAGCACGUAUGCAGAAGUUGAGGAUUAUUCUGGGACAAGAGACUCGAGCAGGGAACCUCAAGUUACCAGUUAUAACAGGCGAUUUCUGGGAACAGUUGACUAUAUCUGGCAUUCCGAAGGUCUCCAGACAGUCAAGGUGCUUGAUACAAUACCAAAACACAUUAUGCAAUUCACUCCUGGAUUCCCAACACAUGAUAAUCAUCCAUUCCCUGCAUUAACACAUCUAAUGCACAUGCUGGAGCAUGGAACACAUAGUUAAGGUGCACUACAUCCUAGAGAUCUCUUGUGGCAAAAACCAAACUGAUGGAAUGAUCAUAGCCGUCCAAUAAAUUGUAGUCUUAUGGAUUGUCGUACCAAGAUAUACUGAACAUCAAAUAAGGUUCUGACUUCUGAAGAACAGAUUGUCCAAAUGGGUUGCUUUUGUCACAAGAGAUUGUCCGUGGCUGGAUAAGUCCACCCUUAAGGUGACAGACAUUUUUUAAAAGAAUACCAUAGAGGGUUCCUUGGAUACUUUGGUUUAAUCAUCAAAAGUGACUGGAUAUAUUUUAUCUUUUGAAAUUCAUACUUCCACACUGAUUUGAGACGUAUUUGCUGACGUUGCUU